UGGUGCAUUGCACGUAUAUUUGUGUGCUGCUGGCAUCCUGUUCAGGCCACCGUGUGGUUGGCAUGUUUCAAAGGCGACGAUGACAAAAAAAAGAGCAGAAAACUCAGAUGUAGUUUUGGUGGAGCUUGACAGUUUUUGUCUACCAAAGAAGAACAUACUGAUGAAGAUGCACACUUACUGUGUACUAUUACAUGUGUUUGUUGCUCUUCUCCUGUGUGAUUAUGGGAUGUUCUCCUCACCAUCAUCUUCAUCAUCAUCAUCAUCAUCAUCCUCCUCCUCUUCAGAAGAAUCAAGCAUUGCGACCUCAAGCAUUGCGACCUCAAGCAUUGCGACCUCAAUCAUAUCGACCGUCACCGCUUUAAUUGCACAAUCAACAACAGUCCGAAAUUAUUCUACUGUAACAAUCACAGAGAAACUGACAGAAGAUGACGAUGACAAUUUAGAGGAGGGCAGUACCACCAUCAAAACAACCGAAACAACGUUCCAUUCAACAGGACGUCCAGAGAGUCCCACGCACCAUGUAGACGUGAAGAUGUUCAAUCCUACUGUCAGCAAAGAUAAUUCAGGACAAUACACAGGAGGCAUCAUCGUUUUGAUCUUCAUUCUGAUUCUUAUCAUACUUCUUCUUGGCAUCUUGUAUUUUCUGAGAAAGAAAGGAAGGAGUUACUCGUUUGACCUUACUCGUGCCAGCGGCCCCCCAAAUGACUACGAUACACCUCUGAGGAGCGUGGAACAGCAAUGUGCAAGCUAUGAACAAACCAACAAAGAUUCGCCGGUGUGUCUGGACUUCAUACAAGAAGACAAAUCAGAGGAGAAGUCCAGUCCGAUAGCCAAUGGGUGCACAGGAGAGAAAAACGAACAAACACCUGAUUCUGAAAAUGAACAGCAGAAUGUCCCAGAAGAGAACAGUUUCCCCUCGAGCCAAAGCCUCACGCCGCCAAUGAAGAAAGUGGCGUUUAAUCUGGAUCUGGAUCUGGAUCUGAUCGGAGGAGAAACCGAGAUGAACAGUUCGACAACAGUCGACAGCAAUGAUGCUGUGCAAAAUGAAAACAACAAUAAUGUAACCACUGCGGGGAGAGGAGCAUCAGAGGAGCUGUUUACCGAAAUUAAUCUAGACGAGCCAAGGGAACACGCAUAAUAGUCUAUGUCAAAAAUGGCAGCCGAGAUGUCAGGACCUUGAUACCAAGAUUAAAACUAUAUCUACAUAUGCUUAGGAGAACACAGUACAUACUUUCAUCUACUGUAAAUGGAAAUUGUUUACUGUACAUAACUCAUGAUAUCAUGGAAUCAUUUGAUAAAGAUUGUGUGAAAAUAAUUGUACUUUACAAAUGUUCAUUAAAAAUGAUUUGAUA